CUGGGGGGUUUGAACUUUACAACGGAUGAUGUUGGUGAUGUUCUUUCAAUAUCAGGAUUUGCUCUUUUGCUCUGUCAAAUCUUCCUUUAUUCACCUAUGGAGAAAGCAUUUGGACCCAUUAAUCUUGCUCGCAUUGCAGCGGCUUUAUCCAUCCCUCUCUUGCAAAGUUACCCUUUCAUAGCGAUGUUAUCUGGCUUCACACUGCAUCUAGUGAUAACUAUUGCUUCCGUCUUUAUGUUAUGUUUCCCUACAAUAAUUGAUACCAGUUUAUUCCUUUUGCAAAACAGAGCAGUGGAACAACACCAAAGAGGAGCGGCUAAUGGUAUUGCUAUGACAGCUAUGUCACUUUUCAAAGCAGUUGGCCCUGCUGGAGGUGGAGCAGUAUUAACUUGGUCGCAAAAGCGGUUAAAUGCUUCUUUCCUUCCGGGUACUCAUUUGGUGUUUUUUGUGCUGAACCUAGUGGAAGCACUGGGCCUGCUGAUGAUGUUCAAACCAUUCCUGGCUGAGAAAAAGACAACCCCAUCACAGCGGUCAUAAUGAUGUUAAUAACAUGUUUCAUAACCAUGCAGUGAUGAAGCAAUCAUCAAUCCUGAGAUAUUUUUGUGAAGGGGAUGCUACUGGCUAAUUAAUAGGACCAAUAUAUAUAUAUAUAUAUAUAUGCAUGCAUGCAUGUACCAGCCUUUCCUGCGGAUUUCUGGUA